CAGGUUCAGACCAAGAAGCUUGACCUCAGUGGUCAAGGCGACCAUGACCUCUGAGAUGACCAUGAGUGACCCGGACCUCCCGUCCAUCUCCCUCUGGGUGGUCACCGUGGUGUACUGCAUCAUCUUCGUGGUGGGAGUGUCCGGCAACAUGCUGGUGGGCAUCGUGGUGUGGAAGAACGUGGACAUGAGAACACCCACCAACUUCUUCCUGGUGAACCUGAGUAUCGCGGACCUGCUGCUGCUGGUGGUGUCCAUGCCCGUGGCACUGCUGGAGACCUGGAUCCCCAAACCGUGGCUGCUCGGGAGAUUCAUGUGUUUGAUCCAGUCUUACAACGAGUAUUUGACCUUCCAAGCGUCCAUCCUGACCAUUUCGGCCAUCGGCGUGGAGCGCUACUACGCCAUUUGCCACCCGCUGAAGGCCAAACGGACGCUGACUCGCCGUCGCAUCUUCUGUACCAUCGCUGCCAUCUGGGCGUUCUCCCUGGCGCUGUCCUCUCCGAUGUUCACCUUCACAGAUCUGUACGAGGACGCCCCGACCAACGGCACGAAUGGCACCGACGUUUUUGUGUUGUGCAUCACCGACUCUAGUUCCACGUCUGGGAUGAUUUACAUCACCGUAGUGUCGAUCUUGUUUUUCGUGGUUCCUCUCCUCCUUCUGUUCGGCCUCUACACGGCCAUCAGCCGCCGACUGUGCGACGUGCCGUCAACCGAGCAGGGGCGGGACAUCCGCAAGAUGGCCCAGAUGCGGUCCCGUCGCCAGGUCAUCAACAUGCUGGUUGCCGUGGUGGUGACGUUUUUCGUGUGCUUGACGCCUCACAGAGUGUUCCAGAUGUGUAUCAUAUUCCUGCCGGACGAACAGUUCCAGGCGUUGGCCGACGACAAGUUUACCACCGUGAACGUGGUGGUGUUCAUCCGCAUCAUGGUGUACCUCAACUCCACUCUCAACCCCGUCCUCUACGCGCUCUUCUCCUCCAACUUCCAGUCCGGGCUGCUCGUCACGCUCUGUUGUCGAGAGAAGGAGAACCCACAAUCCACGGCCUCGUUCGUCUUCUCCUCCAGGCGUUCUACCACGGCCAUCAGCCUCUCCACCCUCAAGAACUACCCGCCACACGCCUUCAGUCGCCCGGCCGUUAGAAAGGAUCUCGGCACGUGCCGGAGCUGCCCAGCCACAUCACCAGCCGGGGCGUGCAGGCUGAGUCCGAGCGGGGGGGACCUGACUCCAUCACCGGGCAGCUUCAGCGGGCUGGGCGGGUGUACACGGACAUCCACCGGCUCUUCAUUCUCAUCGAUCUGACUCAUCAUUCUGACCCUACAUGUACAUAACAUAAGGACCUACAUUUAACGUUAGCAAUAUGCUGUGAGGAGACGUUGUUGACAACAAGACUUACGACGACUACAAAUUUGACAACCGCGAAUAAUAUUUCUGGAUAACAAAGUUGUUUGAAUACAACCAGAGAGUAAAUGCCUUGCCGGCGUUAGUGACUAUCCAUUUUACCAUUGAUCCGAUCUCUAAGAUUGUGCUUCAGAAAAUACUUUUUCGGAUCUUCAAAAACAAAACAGCAACGGUUUUGUUUUUUGAAGCACUGACAAUGUUGACGUGAUGAAAUGAUCCGA